CGGGGGUUAUGAGUCAUGACCGCUAAAUUUGGAACCUUGCUGCGCAGCGAAUUGGUUCUGGAAGUUGGAUCGAUCCGAACCCCAAAACCCACAGCUUCAGUUCUCUACUUGAGUUGAGGAUCUCUCGAUUUGCUCUCUCUUGGCUUUCUCAUCUCCUCCAUCCUCAGCAUGUUCAAGAAGUUUUCGUCUGAAGAGGUGUCUGCACAAAACCAAGUCAAGGCUUCUGUGCAGCGCAAAAUUCGGCAAAGUAUUGCGGAUGAGUACCCAGGACUUGAGUCAGUGUUGGAUGAUUUACUUCCCAAGAAGUCGCCUCUAAUUGUUGUUAAAUGUCAAAACCAUCUCAAUCUUGUUGUGGUGAACAACGUGCCAUUGUUUUUUAACAUCCGAGAUGGGCCUUAUAUGCCUACCUUGCGGCUCCUUCAUCAAUAUCCAAAUAUAAUGAAGAAGUUACAAGUAGACAGGGGUGCAAUAAAAUUUGUUCUUGCUGGCGCAAACAUAAUGUGUCCUGGCCUUACAUCUCCGGGAGGUGUUUUGGAUGAUGAAGUGGAAGCUGAGACUCCAGUGGCUAUAAUGGCUGAAGGAAAACAACAUGCCCUUGCUAUUGGCUUUACAAAAAUGUCGGCAAAGGAUAUAAGGGCAAUUAACAAGGGAAUAGGAGUGGACAAUAUGCAUUAUCUCAAUGAUGGUCUGUGGAAGAUGGAGCGCCUCGAUUGAUGUCGUGACAAUUACAUAUGCAGUAUCACCCUUGUGCAAGGCAAAGGAGGAGACAAAAUAUCUGCUUAUCUUUUGCAGUAACGGAGUUUGUAUGAAUAUUGCACCUAAUUUGUUCUCUCUUUUCGCUGUAGAGAACCCCUUUUGUUUUAUAUUUAGAUCAUCUUCGAUCAAGUACUUGCUCCCCCUUUUCCGCCCCGUCUUAAGAAUGUUGCUUUUAAGAA